ACCAGGUCUAUUAUUUAAUCUAUACAUUUCUAUCUGCGUUCUAUUUCUGUGUUAGCACUAUGUUUUCUUAUCUGAACUAUUCUGUAGCUCCUUGUGUCUCAACCUUGGCAAGUUGAAGAUGCGUGGACUUCAACUCCCAGAAUUCCCCAGCCAGGAUGGAGUCGCCUUCACCAACACCUCGGAGAUGGGCAAGAGGAUCUGGGACGUGGUGGACUACAUCAUACCCCCACAGGGCGAAAGUGUUGUUUUCGUAAUGAUCAAUUUGAUCAUCACCCCCAAACAGGAGCAAGAUAGCUGCACUGAGAACCCGGGCAUUCCAGAUGCUUUGUGUUCCUGUGACCAAGACUGCACUCCAGGAGAACCAGUGAUAUCCGGCAAUCGUAUAAUGGCUAUUAUUACUGUUGUUACUGUUGGGUAAUAAGAUUAAGAGAAGACA